CCUGAAUAUCCGGCAAGGCUUCUGCAGAUGUUCAUGAACAAAACACUACCCGCAUUCCCUAUCCUGAACAAAGUUCGCCUUGAAGCAACAUGUUUCGCAUGGCAAGGAGCGGGUCCUUUUCCCCAUACCGUAUUAGUGGGCAUAUUAGCACACUCCGCCGUAUAUAUUCCUUCCUUACGACAUAAAUGUAAAGACUUGUUUGGGAUAUCUCUUCACUUGCUGGAGAACGAAUACAGACAACCGAGGUUGCAGACUUUACAAUUGGCCAUGUUGGAUAUUUUUGGUAGACCUAUGAUAGAUCCGGGUGGUAAUCAUACGGCUAUUUGUCGAUCUUCUCCCUCCCCUCUCCUCCGAAGGUGCGCCUUGCGACCUCCCUGCCUUGCUAUGGAACAGUUUUGAAGUCCCAUUAGCAUAUGGUCGUGUCAGGACGGAGAGUUCUGUCAUUUUUAUGCUUCCUGAACCUUUCACAACCACCCAAAACUCGACUCCUAUCGAUUACGUUUUGGGUGAGAUGAGGCAGCUCAAUUUCCACAGGAACGCAUUCGUCUAUGGUCGUCCUUCAAAUCUCCCAUCCGGCAACUCAACAGUCCCCGUUCCCACACUCGAAGACGACGAUUGGAAAGGUCAAGGUGAAGAGUCUGGCGCAAUGACAAGUUUUGUCGCCAUGUGUCGCUUAAGCGCAAUUCUAGACUCUCUCUUACCCUUGUUAGCAGUUUCUGAUCGUGAUGAAGAAGUCCCUCAUCCGAAGGGUAUCUUGAGAGAUGCAGCGGAGACUUUGGGUGAGAUAGAUGAGGGAUUACCUGAUUUAUCUUUUGAAGGUGGAUAUCAAGGUCCUGGCAUACGAUCCUUCCAACUUUGUCAUCUGGGUAUUGCCCUUCUCAUCUGUAGGAUCGGUGUAGAUCUUCAAACUCAAAUGACAGAAAGUCAAUUGACACGGUCCAUGGAACACGCUUUGGGGUUGGUAGAAGAUGUCAUUCGGUUUUUGGAAGGUUUGACAUCUGAGGAUUAUGCGUCUUUUUGGGUUCCAUGGGCUUCAUUCCAGAUCUCACACGCAACUGCUCUUCUUCUUCGUACAGCCAUGCGUCUUCAUCGUGAUGGUUCUACUCUCACCAAACUCCUCGAUACAGCUUGGACCCUCCUCAAUCGAUUGGUGAAAGCAGUUGAAAGAGGUGUUGAUUCAGCUUGGGAAGUUGCCGAAGUGGCUUAUCCAAAAGUCAAGGCGUUGGUAAAUUCACUUCCUAAUAUACCUGGUAGUGAAGGGGUCAAGUCUAGAUUGGCACCUCCUCCUGAUCUUGGAGGAGUGACUCAAGCUGCUGAACCUCCGUUGGAUCUUUCCACUUUUUUAAAUCAGAGUGAAUGGGUGACGGCUGAUACUGCGUUAUGGAUUCGAGAUUUCACACAGACUUUUAUGACGGAAACUUGAUAGAUUCAAUGCUAGAUCUGUUGUACUGUACUGUGGAAUAGAACUUCAU